AUGUUUCAUACGUUUCAAGGACUGGCGCCACCGCGAGCAACCGCCGAACAAUCGCAGGAAACUCCAAAGCUAGCAACAAACGGGGUUUCGAAAAGAAUCACAACCCCUCAUGCAUGCGCAGAGUGUAAAAGAAGAAAGAUCAGAUGCGACGGACGACAACCUUGUGGUCAGUGCCUUGGUUGUCGUUCACCAAAACCAUGUUACUACGACAAACAUCGGCAACGAGUUAUUCCUUCCCGCAAAACGCUUGAUGCACUUUCCCAGUCGCUAGAAGAAUGUCGUACUAUUCUGAAGAAGUUGUACCCAAAUCACGACUCACAGGCAUUACUUCCAUUGUCAAGAAAAGACCUCGUAGAUCUGCUGGACCGAAACCGUGGUGUGCCUCAGAGUAGUAGUUUGAUUUCAACAACCUCUCCUACAGGUUCGCAUACUACGACGUCACCUACGUCGAACUUUUCGCAAGACCUUCACUCGCCAAUAGCGUCCAACUCGGACGAGGAGCGAGCACUCGCAAGUCUUGAGCAGAUCCCAAGUCAGGAUGCUGAGUGGGAUGAGGAAAGACGAAAUCGAGAUCCAAUUCCAGCAGAAGCAGACGAUGUAAAUGCUCUUUCUCUCUCUGUCGAUAGACAGUCUUCGUAUCUGGGUGCAAGUUCGAUCAAGGCAGCUUUUAUCGUGAUGCUCAAGGUGGCACCGAAGCUACGCUCUUUCCUAGCUUCGCAAAGCAACCACAACAGCAAGCAAAACAACAUGGCAAGCAACUAUCCUACCCCUCGUCUAGGAAAUGCGGCACUCAAGUCCUCAGUCGCAGUCAUCUGGUCGUCGGAGGGACAGACUCUUAUCGACGCAUACUUUAACCGAGUUCAGAUAUUUGUUCCAAUGUUGGAUGAGCCGACCUUUCGCGCGGAUUAUCUGAAUGGGAGACGGCACGAUAGUCCAUGGUUAGCACUUCUUAACAUGGUCUUUGCUAUGGGAAGUAUUGUGGCAAGAAAAUCCGACGACCACAGCCAUGUCAACUAUUACAGUCACGCUAAGGAACACUUGAGUAUUGACAGCUUUGGCAGUGGCCAACUGGAAACAUUGCAAGCUCUCACUCUCAUGGGCGGGUUUUACCUUCACUACAUCAACAGGCCGAAUAUGGCAAAUGCUGUUACUGGGGCAGCGCUGCGAAUGGCUUGUGCGAUGGGACUCCAUCGAGAAGGCUUACAUGAUCAACCCGGCGCCAGCCCUAUCAUAAUAGAGCAAAGAAGAAGAACGUGGUGGAGUCUAUUCAUUCUCGAUACAUGGGCGAACACGACACUGGGCCGGCCCUCGAUGGGUCGCUGGGGUCCAGGGAUUAGCAUCCGUUCCCCCGAAGAAGGCAACGACCUGAAAGUCAUGGGGCAGCAUGCGGGAAUCGUCCCGAUGAUCGAGAAUAUCAAGUUCUGCAAAAUUUCCACCCACAUACAAGACGUCUUGGCACAAUCGCCCGUCCUCCAUACUAACCAACGGCUCGAACUCGAUCGCGAACUUGUCAGCUGGUAUGAGAACCUUCCGUGGAUCCUCAGAUCGACGGAACCCUGCGCGGAAUCCUUUUAUACCGCACGAUGCAUCAUGAAAUGGCGCUAUCAAAAUCUCCGCAUUGUGCUACAUCGACCGGUCCUCCUGAAUCUCGCUAGUUCUGGGAAUGAAGCACAGGCCUCGCAAGAUGACCUCGAAGCAGUAAGUCGAUGCAGGAUUCUUGCAAAGCAAACAAUUGAAGAAAUUGCACAUGAGUGGACCCCGAAUCAGAUGCUGGGAUGGAAUGGGGUGUGGUUCAUGUAUCAGGCUUCCAUGAUACCUCUCGUCAGCAUGUUUUGGGAAUCGUGGAAUAUACCACUCGUCCGAGAUUGCCAAGCGCAAAUUGAAGUUGUCCUGGAGGCGUUUGACGGUAUGGCCGACUGGUCACUGGCCGCGAGAAGAAGUCGGGAAGUUCUUCUGAAGAUGUAUGAAGCAAGCAAAAGACCGAUGACUGGGCACAAUAGUCCACGCCUGGGACCGAUCAAGGGAGAAAACGGUACCAACGGCAACGUUCUAACACCCCCAUCGCCAAUGAAUGGGAUGCCUACUAUGCAUGGAGUAGAUGGAAUGUCACAUAUGAUGCACGGAAUGCAUCCAAUGAAUGGGCACAUGAUGAAUGCACCAGAAAUGCAUCAAAUGGAAAUGAUGGGCGGCGACGAAAUGGCAUUCAUGCAUAACCAAGGGGUUUGGGAUCUUGAUGGAAUGUUUUGGGGUGGUCUUCCAGAUGGAUUGGAUAUGCCAUUCGAAGGUGUGAAUAUGGAUUACAACGACGGUGGCAUGCAGCACUACGACGGCAACUACAUGAUGAUGCAUCAAUAA